GGCUCAAAACACGACGGCUACCGCGACCAUUCCAGUGAGUGUGGGUGUGGUUCUUGACAUGGAUAUGUGGGUUGGGAAGCUGGGGGUGAGUUGCAUCAACAUGAACCUGCAAGACUUUUAUUCCUACCACAGUAACUACACAACCAGAUUGGUUUUAAACGUAAGGGAUUCCAAAGGAGAUGUUGUUGGGGCAGCUGCCGCCGUUUCAAGCAGUAAAAAAUUGUUAGUUCAGAUUGAAACCUCCCAUCAUCACUACAAGAAUUCACUGUAUCACCGACGAGAAACCAUGUUGGAGAAAGAGGGAAUCUGGUCGGUGAAACAAAAUACCCACUUGCAUCACGUUGGUAAUGGCUGCCUCGGUGAAGCCGGGCUCGGUAAUUCAAUCACCGACGUAGAUGAAAAUCACGUCGGUAAACGCACUCAUAAUUACCGACAAAAAACAUCUUGCAUAUAGGGAGCUGGAACAGUUAACCGGAAAACAUCUCUGGUUCCAAGUCGGUAAAUUACCGACAAGGAUAACGUCUGCACAUAUAGAGGAGCCUCGAGCCCUGCGCUAAUAACCGACGAACAUCACGUCUGACAAUGCAGUGGAAAUGGCUGGCCAUGUUACUAAUCACCGACAAGAACCACGUCUGACCACGAAGAUCUUCGCUGUAGGUUGAAAUGAUCUCCAAAAUUUUAGGCGCCAAUUUUUUCAAGCA